GCCUGGAACCGGCGACGACGAGUUAUCGCAUGCACAAGAGCGAGGCGCAGCACUCGGUACUUUCUGCCCACCGCCCUUGGCCUCGUCGAUUCCUCGUCGAUUCCUCGUCCCUCUUCCUGCAGGCUUUCUACACCUACUGCACACUAGGACCGCUCCCCACCUCCCGCACUCGUCAAGCACAGCCGGACGUAUAGAAUCGCCUUCAUGGCCGACGAGCUUGCACCGCCCCGUAAGAGCGUCGAGCUCGAGGAUCCUGGUGCAAAGGAGCUUGUCGACUCCGACAACGAACACUUUUCAGAUGCGUCCGAGGGCAGGGUACACGAAAAGAGCCUGAGCAAGAGUCUUGAGCAGAGCAGGGCCGAGGCAACAUCGCCAAUUCCCAUUACUCGAGUCGAGCGUGUAGACGACGAGCCUGCUCAUGGCGAGGUCCCCGGCACCGCUGCGUACAAGAUGCGGACACAGGACGCCGUACCAGACGAAGUUGAGAUUGUGCCGGACGGUCAGCGAAGCCGCAGUGCCUCGCGAGUGAGCGUAAACGAUCGACCGCUCACCCCCGGAGGCACGCCCGUCCCAAAGAUGGUCGUGGAGAGGGUGGAUGACCAGCCCGCCCACGGUGAAGUGCCCGGAACGCUUGCCUUUGACCAGCGCCGCGCCGAUGCUGCGCCUGAUGUCAUUGUCAAGGUGCCUGAGCCCCCCAAGCGGGACAACCUAGGUCCCCAAUGAACGGCGACGAAG